GAAAAUUUCAGCACCAAGGACAGCUGUCCAGUAGAGACUCGCGUGAGGAGUGAGGGUGGGUGUGUGCAAAGGGGGAGUGUGCCGUGAGAGAGGGAGAUAUUUUCAGAGGGGACAAUCAAGGAGAGCAUUUGUUGGGAUUAGGCCCGUGCGUUAGGUUGGAGUGGAUUACCCCGGGCUGCUCUGGAAAUGAGCCGCGCUUUAUCGCCUGAUGAGCUUCUCGGCUUCUCCGUCCGCUCCAACUGAUCACGGCACCUGAAGCGCAGCCUGACUCUUCCCCUCCGCAAUCACCGCCGAGGCUUCUGCCCUCUAGCUGCAUGGAAACAUGACCGACGUCCCCCAAAUCGUUAAAAUCGGGAUUUCCCUGAAGAUACUUCCAAAUAACGGCGCGGUGUUCUUCAAGUCAGACGGCGCUCGGUUCGGACAGACGCGGACCAUCAAGCUGCUGACAGGAUCCAAGUACAAGAUCGAAGUGGUGGUGAAACCAGGAGCAGUUCAGGCCACUUCAAUGAGUGUGGGUGGAGUGACCUUUCCCUUGGAGCAACAGUCCAAAGACCCCCAGUCUGUGGUCUACACUGGUCAGUACGACACCGAGGGGGUUGCACACACCAAGAGUGGAGAAAGGCAACCAGUUCAAAUCAGUAUACAGGUAUGGGUGUAAUACAUAUAUGGAGGG